GAACUCUUGGCAUCAGCGGGUACUGGGUAUUGUUCACCGUGCCUGGAAAAGAAUCACCAAACCUCAUCUAUAUAAGGCGACCGACCAAUCCACUUGAUUGACGCAAUUCAUCAAACCCAUCAAUACUUGACCGAUCAACACCAAUCGAUCAAUCUUCACCCUCCCCACACACACGCACCUCUAGAAUUACCGACAACCAUGUCCACAACACCAGAUUCCGAUCCCACCACCACCAUCACCGCCCCGCCAGCGGUAACAACUAUCCCCCGCGUCGGCAUCGCCGUCCUCAUCUUCGGGCGCGCCAACCAAGUCCUGCUGGGCGAACGCAAAGGCAGCCACGGCGCCGGCACCUGGGCCCUGCCGGGGGGCCACCUCGAGCCCGGCGAGACGUGGGCCGCGUGCGCCGCCCGCGAGGUCCUCGAGGAGACCAACCUGGCCGUUUCGGGGCUCCGCUUCCUGACGGCCACCAACGACGUGAUGGCCGCCGAGAACAAGCACUACAUCACCAUCUACCUGGGGUGCACGCCGACGCGGCGCGAGGCCUGCAGGGCCCCGCCGCCCGUCAUGGAGCCCGAAAAGUGCCGCGAGUGGCGCUGGGUGGAGUGGGAGGAGGUCACGCGGUGGUAUCGGCUGCAGGACGCAGCGGAGAAGCAGCAUGCGAACCCCGCUGCAGCCGCGAGUCCCGCUGCUGGAGGGUUGGCGCUCGAGCAUCCGUUGUUCUUGCCGCUGAUGAAUCUCUUUCGGCAGCAGCAGUAUUGGAUGCCGUUGCAGGAGUAUCAGUUGUUGAUUGGGUGGGAGGAGGAUCGGUAGAUGCCCUGGUUGUUAGGGAAAUGAGGUUAUGAAUAUCAUGAUGUUUUCUGAUAAUGGAUUUCUUAUUC